AAAAAAACGACUACAAUCGCAACAUCCCCUCUCUCGGAAGUGCAACCAACUACAAAAUCAUCAAGGAGCUGGAUGGAGUAGACGCUGCGACAAUGACAAAGCAUUAUUUGGCACACAAUCAAGUUUUGCGCAAGAAUACUACCCAGAAGACGUUUGUCACUUCGCAAAAGGUUUUUAUGGAUCUUUUACAGACCCCUGUGCAGAUUGGCCUACUCCUUUCCCCCUCAGCUCAAGCUGCCAUGACCCAUAACAGUCUUCGGAAGCAGUUCGAUUGUAUUUCUCAGUGGUGCUCCCAAAUGCAUAAGGAAAUGCGAGAGGCACGCGAGGCGAAGAGAAGCGAGUCAACUGGUACUAAGACUCGGCGGCACAAGUCUUCGCAGACCUUCAACAGGUAUCGCACGAUCGAUCACCCUGCUCCACACCAGGCACAGACUGCAGGUGAGAUGAACCCUGCCCAGCCUCGUACCAAACCCCGCAACACCGAUCGCGAUAUUCUGUCAAACAGCGCACUCGACUCAAGGAGCAUGAACCGCCUGAAGCAAUGAAGCAGUACACAUGGAAGGCAUGGGAAAAAGCACCCGAGAAUCCCUUGGAUCUCGACGCUGGCUCUUUCAAAGAGAAGAAGAAGAAGAAAGAAAAAGAAGACUGCGCCAAAGCCAGUAAGCGCCUCGACAGGAA